AGGCGGCACUCACUGCCAGGGUCACUCUCGUUGCACUCGCGUUCUGUAGCGGCGCGACGCGAGGCGACGCGACGCGCCGCGACGCUGCCGAUUCUCUUCUCCUGGCUAGACGCACUUCAGUGCGCCGCGAGAGCGCUCCGAUACCGCUUGUUGAUUUUACGCCUCUCGUCGGAGCGAACAAGGCCGUGCCACAGAUCGUCGAUCGUAAUAAAAAGUUUAAAAAAAAAGUGUAAAAAUAGCGGCCAAGAUAUGAUUGGAAACAAACAUCACAGAAUGAAACGUGCCAUAAAAUAGAAAAACUGAAAUAUAUAUUUAACAGUUGGCGAGAAAUAGUACGCCAUUGAAAUCAUUUGGCUUUAAAUCAUCAGUGUUCAUCAUGUAAACUAAGAAAUUACCUAUAAAUUUAUUAAUGAGUGUAUAAUCAACGAUAAAUAAUGAAUGAGUAAUAAACAAUAAAUAAUAAGAAAUACAGAUUCAAGAUUGUUAGUAUAGAUUUAAUAUGAUUAGCAAUUAUGAUAUGAUCAACAACAUCUUUCUGGACAAUUAAUUACUCGUGGUUGCCAGCAAGAUAAUACCUGCAAGUUUAAUAGUGGUUCGAAACAAUCAAUGAUUGGUAACCAUAACUCGAGCUUAUACAUGUACGCUUACCGUGAAUUAGCAGUAAACGGAAAUUAAUUCCAAUCAAAUUCAAGCCUAUUAAUAUUAAUCGUCAAUAAGAUUAUUAAUAAAAUAAGUAAAGCAACCAAAGUGAUAAGUGCUAAUAAAAUCUUAAAACUUUAUUAAAUUCUACUAUAGACAAUACAAAUCAAUAUGUACCUCCACUUAACGCGAACUUUAAUAAUAAUAACUAUUACAAUCGUUAACAAGUGAAUAAUAUUGUGAAUUAGUGACACCAAGUGACGUGAAUUGACAUUUGGUAUAUUUACUUUAGAGUAAAGUUAUUUUCCUUUUUUUCGAAAAAAUUAAAAAUUAUUGGACAACUACUAUCAAAAUACUCUGGGGAUCAAAAUUAAUCAAUCCAAAAGUUUUUCUGUAGAAAAACCUGAGAUUUAUUUGAAUUGAGCGAAGAAGUCUCGGAUAAUCCUUCGGGGAUAACGAGCUCCUUUUCCCUUUUUUUUUUUUUUUUUUUUUUUUGAAAGAUAAAGUGAUUUGUUCAUGAAAAAACAAGUGUAUUAAUGGAUGAGUCGUAGAGAUACUCAAGUCGUACAAAAGACGAUUAACCAAGAAUUUUUAUAAGAAUUAAAACUAAUCUUAAGACUUCAAGAAUCCUCGGAUUAUUAACUUUUCCUAUUUUUUCUGAUUAAGACAGAUUACGCGAUACAACAAUAAAGAAACGAGUUAAAAGUUUUCUUCCGAAAAUAAAGGAUUUACUUUAAAAAAAAAAAGUGCUUCGGUUUUUUUGUAAAUAGAAACCGGGUUUACUAACUUUUUAGUUCAAAGUACACUCGAAAAUACAGAAUCGUUAAUCUGCGAAUCAAUUCAAUAUAAAUUCUAGAAAUGUAUGAUUCAUUAAAGGGCGAAGAAUAACUAACCGAAUUGAGUGACAUAAAUCAUUGAUUGGCGUGUUUGUGGAUAAUAUUGGAACACUAAGAAAUUUUCGAGGAAGGCAAAGUAACUCAUCGAUGAACAAGAACUGGUAUUGUCUUUGAGUGUGGAAUUUUCAAGAUAUUCCCCAAAUUUUCGAAGAAAAUGUAUUAACAGAAGAAGUUCUUCGAUAUAUCUUUCCUGCUUUUAAUGAACAAAAUUGUGAUUAAAUUCGAUAUAGUGGAAGUGAUUCAAAGUACAUUCGAUUCCAUAUGCUCCCUCGAACAGACACGUGACUCACGAUAACGAAAAUGCCAGGUGAUGCAAUGAUAAAGUUCGAGUGUCGCAUGAUCGAUGAGAAGACUAACGACAGGUGAUUAUGCAGUUUACAGAUUACCGUUCAAGUUACUGCGACAGAAGUUUCGAAUGGCAAAGCGGCUCGCGGUUCGUCGUAACACAGCGAUACAUCGUAAAAGCAUCUAUGCGGAACUCUCUACGCGGAGACGACUAAACCGACCCGAUUCUUUCCAUGAAACACGAUCGAGGAUAAUGUAUAGAACAAAAUAAAUCGGGCAUAGGAUUGACGUUAUGAUAUUCGAAUACACUUUAAUAUCAAAGACAGCGAGAGAUCGACUUGUCAAGUCGACAUUUGAUAACAAAGUUAAUAAAUUUGAAGAGCAUGAAGAUUCAAUUAGAAUUGAAGAUAAGCAAAAGGAAAGGCUAGAUAGACAGAGAACACGGAGGUUGCGAGAAUAAAGAUGGUAACGUGAAGUGACAAGAUUGAAGGGUAAUGCAAAAUCAGGAAGUGAUAAAAAUUGCUGAACGAUGGAAACAAGUUCGAUGAUGACAACGACGGCCGCUUCCCGUUAUUACGAUGAUAAAUUCAUGCAAAACUUCAGCAACAGCAGCAAUGAAGGACUGUUCGAAUGUGGACAGGAGGUCAAUACCAACGGUCUAGCUGAUUUCAUUAUUUAUGGUAUAUUUGUCAACCUGAUUGGUCUCUUCGGAAUCUUCGGCAACACGAUCUCAAUGAUCAUCUUGUCACGGCCGCAGAUGAAAUCUUCUAUCAAUUAUCUACUGAUUGGAUUGGCCAGAUGUGACACAGUACUGAUCAUUAUUGCGGUAUUAAUCUUCGGAUUACCAGCAAUCUACACGUAUACAGGCGCACUAUUUGACUACAAGUUUAUCGUCUACCCGAAAAUCAUCAGGUACCUGUAUCCGUUGUCUUGCAUAGCACAAUUUGUGACAGUGUAUCUGACGUUAACGGUGACUUUAGAGAGAUACAUCGCGGUCUGUCAUCCAUUGAAAGCUAGAUCCUUUUGCACUUAUGGACGGGCCCAAGUGGCAGUGCUGAUCAUAGUGAUCGUCGCUUUUAUUUACAAUCUACCCAAAUUCUGGGAAAUUGAGGUAUACAACGAGAAGCAUUGGAAGUAUAAUAUUACGGUGUACUGCGUUAAAUCAACCGAAUUGAGGAGCAACGAAUAUUAUGUCAUCCUGUACAUUCAUUGGAUGUACUUUUUUGUGUAUUACAUGUUCCCGUUCAUCGCAUUAGUGAUUUUUAAUACGGCCAUUUAUCGAAGGGCGUAUGCCGGUUUUCAGGUCAGAAAAGCGAACAGAGACCUGCAGCAGCUGUCACGUCAUCAGCGCCGAGAGAUCGGCCUGGCGACGAUGUUGAUGUGCGUGGUGAUCGUGUUCCUGAUCUGCAACAUCCUGCCUAUGAUUUCAAAUGCGCAUGAGACGUUCAUCGCAGAUCCGCCGCAGUGGAUGGUGCAAAUCGGCAAUCUGUUGGUGACUAUCAACAGCAGCAUCAACUUCAUCAUUUACGUGAUCUUCGGACGGAAGUUCAAGAGAAUAUUCCUCAAGCUCUUCUGCUCGUCCAGGCUGUUUGUACCAGGCCGGGACAGUCCGGAGUUUCAGACUUACGACGAAUCGGUCGUCACGACAAAUAUCGAGCUGAGAAAUUCAGUCAGGCACGGCCACCUCCAUCGUGCCAAUACCAUCAGCUGGAAUAACAACGUGUCCAACGGCAGCACGAGACAGAGCUUGAAGAGCAAUAGACCAGCCAGCCCCGUUUAUUAUCCGGGCAAGAAUUCAGUGAGAAAUCUUAGUCAAAUGUCGAAAACGUCGAAUGGUCGCAACAGUUGGACCAGGGAGGAGAACGGCGAUUCUACACUAUAAUGGACAGCAACAACUGUCCUUCAUGUUUAUUACACAAUUAGAAGUCUGCCAAGUGUUUUUAAUCAAUGUUAAGAACUUUCACUCAUUAAAAGUAGUGAAAAAAGUAGAAUAUGAUAAUUCCAAUGCCAAUGGACAACAAAAUGUCAGUCUUUUUAUAUUUGUUAUCUUGCCAGAAAUCAACUGUGUCUCAAUUGCUUGCCGAAAUUUUUAGUUAGUCAGAAUUGAUAGAACAAGAAUGAUAUCUUUACGCUGUAAUCUAUGACAUAUAUAUCGCUCGCUACAUUUUCUGAUAUAUUAUUUGAUAAGUGAUACAAAAUGUUAUUAAAACCAAAGCAUCCUAUUGAUAUUUUAAUUGCAUUCAAAAUGUCAAAUGUUAAAAGGAUGUCAAAAAGGACCAAAGCGAUGUAAAAGAUAAUCAACAUUAUCUAAUAUUUUCCCUAGAUUAUUUAAAAUAUCAUCUAGUCGAAACUGAAGCAAGAAGACAUUCGGAA